CGCCCAUUUACUUAUUUCCAUUGCAACUUCAAUGGCAUCCAUAAGAAUUUACUCUAGCAUUCUCAUAGUUAUGAGCCUUUUAAGUCUUGGAUCGUCUGAGACGGGGGUUGGAACGAUCAAUGACCCUCCAUACUUACCGUCAGCUUGUUACGGGUACCAAGAUCAAGGAGUAAUGAUAGCGGCUGCGAACCAAGAUUUAUGGCAAGGUGGAGCUGUUUGUGGGAAAUAUUUCCAGGUGACAUGCACAGGUGCACUCAACCAAGGCGUGCCACACCCUUGUACGAGCACCCCCACAGUGACCGUAAUGAUCACUGAUUUCUGCCCGCCUCCUGGUUGCAAGGGCAACCUUGACUUGUCACACGAAGCCUUUUCUACCAUUGCUGACCCAAGCGCUGGAGGAGUCAAAAUCUCAUACCAACAGGUGUAAAGAUGAUGGAAGCUGCAGCAUUUUGAUUCACAAUACAUGUCUGCAGGAACAAGACAUUUAAUAGUAACUCUACUGGAUCGAGAUGCGGCGGGACUCGCAUUUCUAAUAAUAUCAAGCUUUUGAUUUCCAGUUUGUUUGAUUUUAUCUCUUUCUUUCGACUUAAUUGGCAUGUCAUGAAUCCAAGUUGUUCAUGUUUGUACAAAUGAAUAAAUCUUGCCCUCCAAAGUG